AUUCUUGUUUCCGGUUCGAAAAAAAUAACUUUGUACUUUGUACUAUUUCAUGGAAAUUUUUCCUGAUGUUGAUCUUUACUGAAAUAGAUUAUGUCAACGACAGUGUGCAUAACCCAAGUUUUAGAUAAAGAGGAACUAUUAAAUGGAUUAAGUUUACAUUUCAGUAAUGAGGAGGAUGAAGUGUCUAGAGCUGCAGAGGAGAUAGAGUUUGAUGAUUGCUCUAAAGGUCUAGGUAUAAAGAUCUGUGGAGGCUGUAGUUUAGAUGGCAGACAAGACAAUGGUAUCUUUGUCAAGAGAGUUUUGCCAGGAGGGCUGGCUGAUAUUGAUGGUCGUCUGCAGUCAGGUGACCACAUAUUGAGAGUUAACGAUGAAAGUUUGGAAGGUGUUACAAAUGAGAGGGCAGUAGCUAUACUGCGUCAGGCUUCAGCUACUAAUCAUGUUGUCAUGGUGAUAUGUAGAGAUCAAAUAGCAAGGAAUGAAUUCCAAGAGAUAAUUGAGAAACAAAAUGGGUACAGUUUCCCAUGUACACCUGUUCCAAAUGAUUCUCAAAACAAGUCUACAUCAAGGGCAACAACUCCAUCUGGAUAUGGCACAGAUACUCAUAGAAAAUCCCCAAAUGUAGACCAAGAUAGUUCUCUCAGUGAUGGCAAAAAUAGUCCCAGAGAAAUCUCAGGUUCCAGUUCUAGUCCCAGAUAUUCUUCGCAGAUAAAUGGCAGUAGCAGUAGUGAGGACCAUGUAAAAUGUAAUGGGGUUCCAAAAAGGACACACAGUGAUCCACAGUAUCGCAUAAUGAUCCCAAGUAUGGCCUCAACUCCACAGGUCAAAGGUUCUGUUAGUUCCAGACCAAGAGAGAGUUUAAGCUCUCUAUCAUCCAUGUUACCCCCAGAGGACAUAUCUCCUGUACCUGGGGUCAGACCCUUGCAUGGGUUAUCAAACAGCGACGCAUCAUCAGUUUUCACUCACCAGAGUCAUAGCCGAUUACCAAAGUCCAAAGACAUGUCACAGUCACGCAAGCUGUCACUAGAUCCACAUGUACGAUUAAAGAUAGACAAAUUGGAAGUUGCAUUACAGUAUCUUGGUCUGGAGCCCAGUGCUGAACAACAGUCAAUAAUGAGAAACAGGCUACAUGUGGACUCAUCUGGGACUGUCAACUAUGGAGAUUUUGUUGUGAUUGCAAAGGAAGUAUUCCGUCAUGAGUUAGAAGAGCGGAACAUUACAACAGGGACUAUGUUAUUUGCUGCCAGUGAUCUGACUGAUUUAGUUGAUCCUCCUCCAUUCAGACCAGAGAUGAGUAACAUAACAGACAUUCCAGAAAAAGAAGAUAUUGAAUCGCUUCGUCUUGAAAGGGAUCAGUUGAGAGAUGAAGUUCAAAGGUUAAAGAAUGCUUUAAGUGAAAAAGAUCACUACCAAACUGUUGCUGAAGGAGAGUUGGCCAGAAUUAAAAAGAGAGCCAUUGGAGCAGUUGAUGAAACAAGGUCACUCAGAGACAAAGUACAGCUAGCUGAACAGGCUCAAAGGGCUGCUAGAAGUAUGGAACAAGAUUAUGAGGAAGUUGUCCAGUUAUUAGAGAAAGAAAUUGCUAAACUUAAGCAACAGUUAAGAUUUCAAGGGGAAGUUAAUCCAGCUACACAACAAAAGAUAGCGGUGUUGACCUGCCAGUUGAGAAAGUCAGAAGCAGGGAGGAAGACAUAUGAAGUGGCUACAGAAAAGUUGUUACAGUUUGCAGAGAAUGUACAUGAGAUAAUGACAGGAGGCAGUAAUUUGUUAUCUAUUAGACAACAAGGUGAAGUCGCCAGAGGAAACAAACCACCCGCUUAUCUGAGUAAACAUAAAAAGUUAUCACCAAAGACAAUUGCUGCUGAAGCCAAAGAAGUUGUUUGUGCUGUUAGAUCUAUUAUUGAAGCUGAUCCUUUACCAUAUGGAUGGGAAGAAGCCUAUACUGCUGAUGGUAUGAAGUAUUACCUAAACCAUUUAACACAGAUUACGACCUGGUCUCACCCUAGAUCUGGUGUGCAGCAAUUUGCUACCAUACAGGAAAGUAAAAAGAACAAAGAAGAACAAACAGAACUCAAGCAUACAGCAUCAUGAUACUAGACAUUUAUAAAUUGUAUGCUGACGUUUGUGUUUCAAGCAACGAUACAAUUAUAUUGCUAGCAUUUUGUUUUGAAUUCCAAAUAUUGUGAAUUUUAAGAUUGAAAUAUCUUUUAGAUGUAUAGAGGGAUAAGUUAGCCCUGUAUUUAAUAUUAAUAUUAUUAAACUAAAAUGUUUGGCUCCCUUCUAAACAUAAAUGAUUGUAUCUGGUUAUUGGCGAAAAAUUGAAAUUGCUAAUUAUUGUGUACCAUGAACUGGCAUUUAUUGUGACUUUAUCUGCUUUUAAUAUCUAGUUAGUUGAUAUUAUUCUAUCAUUAUAAAAAAAAAUGUCUCACUGACUGCUUUGGCAUAGUGUUGACAUCUUUUUUGGUGUUCAUAGGAAAUGUCAAAUUUAAAAUAAGAAUAUAGGAAAUCAUUGAAUUUAAAAUAAGAAUUUACUCGAAAGCAAAUUAAUAUAAAAGAUCUAAAAUUUUAUUUUUUCAACUACUUUUGAACUUAUUUGUGUGGUACUAAACAUUCUAGAUUUUACCUCAAAAAAUUGAUUUCGUGAUGGUUAAUUUUUCAUGGCUACAAUACCAGUUUAAGAAAGAGAUGUUUUGUAUUGGUUGAUUAUAAGUUAAGUUUUUAAUGGAUAAUAUCUGUUCAUGAUAUAAAUGAAAUUAAAACUCUAGUGCAAAUGUCUGCUUGUACAGUAUCGCCAUAUGAGGGUCAAAACUAUUGAUUUGAAUGAUAUUGGUUUCAACUUGUAAAUUAUAAAAUUAAAAGACAUGUUUUAACUUUUUAGACUAAUUUAUUGAUAAUGUAAUAUUCACUUAAAAUUUCUAAUUGAUCUUGCAUUGAAAAACCAAUAAGUAGUAAGAUGAUAAGAAAGAAAAACAGAUUCAAGUAGUGUUUCAUUUUUCAUUACUUUGUUUUUAAAAAUAUUUGUUUAAAGACAAUCAUUUGUAUUUGUCAAAGGUAAUAGGUACCGAAGUGCUCUGCCUUUUAAAAAUGUUCAGGGGUUCUAAAUGGUCUAUGGGCUGUUCCAGAACUAAACUCAUGGGGGGCCUUGGUAAUACCUUGACUUCCUGCUUAGAAUGCUUACAAAGUUCUAAGGAAAAUUCAACAACCAUUACUUAAUUAAUUUGAGUGUCUCCCAUCCCCCAUCCAAUAAAUUAUGGAACAUAGAAUUGAGAAUGGAAACAGGGAAUGUGUCAAAGAAACAACAACACAAACAAUCUGCAGACAACAUCCCAAGGCCACCAAUAUUAAUGGGUCUUCAACACAGCGAGAAAAUCCUGCACCUGGAGGCGGGCUUCAGCUGGCCCGCAAACAAAAAUGGGUACCAGUUCAGGAAAAUGAACGUCACACUUAAACCUUACAAUAUAAAAAUAGGAAACAGCCCAAAAUGAAUUUAAUAUAGAUCUUUGUAUGUGUCAAUUAUUCAUAAAAUUAAAAUUUCAUUGGACAAAUGUUGGAUGCAGAUGGAAAUAGGAAUAAAUAUAUAUAUAUAUAUAUUAAAGUAAAUGAAAUACUUUCUAUCGAUAUGUUUAAAAAUAUGAAUUGAUACCAUUUUCGUGGGCAUUUUGUAUUUGAAAAUAUCAUUCAUGGUAUUGACAAUUGCAUUUAUCUGUUAAUUCCCGGAAAUGCAUGGAUAUCAAGGAUACCCUGAAAGCUUUUUUGUUUUUAAUUUAAAUAGCAUUCCAAAUAGGCUUUAUCACAUAAUAAAUCACUGUUUCCAUUUUCAAAUAUUUCAUCAACAAUCUGGCAUGCUUUUAAUUAUUUAUACAUCAGUUUGUUUCAUUAGUGACUGUCAUGUUUUUAUCAACCAAUGAAAACAAAGGAGAUAUAAUCAGCUCAUUAGUAUUGAUUUUAAUUCAUCUGUUUGUAGAACAUGCAAACACUCACAUACUUUAAAAUGUAACAUUUACAAUAAAAGUUUUCGCUUCUUCUGAUGAAAAAAUUUAUGUGUAAAAUGUCAUUUAAAUGGCAGGUAUGACAUUUAUACAUGUGUUUAGGAAAUUUUAAUUGAAUUAUUUUUAUUUUGUUGUAUUUGCAAAAAAUCAUGCCAUUAAUUAUCUUGCCAAUGAGGUUUUUUGUUCUGACAAGAAGAUAGACCAUUGUUAGAUUUUAAUUCUGUUGAUAAAAAAUUCCAUAUUUUAUGAAUAUUUAAAGUCUGAUGAAAAAUUGUUUUUACCCCAAAAAGCAUGGCUUAUGUUGUAUUUAAUUAUGACAAAGAGGUUAUUAUUUCUGAAAAGAAUGUAGAUCAUUGUUUAAUAUUACUUAUGGAGAUAAAAAAUUCCACAUAUUAUGAAUAUUUAAACCUGAUAUAAAAAACUAAAAACUAGUUAUCUUCUGUAACCCAUGGAUGUUUUUUUUUAUUAUAAGUAUUUGAACCAAAUGGGCUCUCCGUCAUAAAACUCUACUCAGUACUCAGCAUACAAAAAUUAUGGUCGAAACACCAAAUCUAGUAUUUUGAUUGGAUGUUUUCUGAGUAUGAUAAUUGUACUCAAAAGUUUUAUGACUUGAGAUAAUGCAUUUUUCAGCAAAAUCAAAUAUACAAUGGUUGUGAACAUUUUUUUAGAACCACGGUCUAUCUUCUUCAGUCUUAUUAAAUGUAACAACGAUGAUAGCAUCUAUAUGCAAUUAUGAAGUCUUCCACAUUUUAUGUAUUUUUUAAACUAAGUUUUAAAGCUUUGUUAUAACUUUUAAACCUUGUUGUAUUGAAUGCUGUAUAUUAAAAUUCAUUUUUUCUAUUGCUUUUAAUCAAUAUAUCAUUUCUGUUUUCUUGUUUUCCAUUUGAACACAAAUGAGGAUUUGAUUUAGUUUAGAGCAAUUAUACAAUCGCAUGCUUUUUCAAAGAUUGCAUGAUUUGCUUCCCAACUUUGUAAGGAUGUUUGCUCAUGCAUUGCAAUAAAGAUUGACAUCUGAGGACAAUGGAUAAGGAUGGGUUUUGCAAUAUGCAAUGAUUUGAUUGGACAAUGAAUAUCUUUAACUAUCCAAUGACAUCUUGUAAAAUUGUAAACAGACUAACUAACUCCACCUGUCCAUUGUCUCCAUGUGUCAAUCUUAAUUACAAGGCUUGAGCAAACAUCCAAACAAAGUAAGAAAGGAAGUUGAUCAAAGGUUUUACUUGCAUGGUUUUGAAUAAAUGCUCUAAAAGAAUCAAUUAUUCAUAUAUGAUAUAUAAAUAGGGAUGAGAUGAUUCUGAACCAUACUAGAAAAUACGGAGGGAAAAUUGACUUGAAAAUUUAAAAAUUGAAGAAAAUAUUUCAAUUUAUCUAAUAACAAUUUUUUUUUAAUACAAUUUACUUAAGCCAUCCUGUUAUUUUGUUUUCAAUAUUUGCAUAAGAUGUUUAUAGUUGGUAGUAAUUGGUAGGUUCCAACAGCAAUGAGCAAGUUUUGUUUGACCCAAAUUUUGCUUAAUUGAGCCAAAUGUAGCUUAGAGAAACCAUAGCAAGCUUGCAUCUUUGAUAAAAAUUUUACAAGUGUUUUUUUUACAUUUACUGUCAUGAAUACAUACACCAUAUCUGUUCUUUUUUAUUUAUUUGAUAAAGUCAAAGUAAGAUUAAUUGAGCUAAAUUUAGAUUAAAACAAGUGCUCUAAAUAUCUUUCUAAAAUUGAUUUUAAAAAGAUUUUUUUUAAAUAUAUAUAGAAACAUUUGUAAACAUAUGUAAACUGAAUAUUUGUAUAUGUUAUAUUUAUGAUAGCUGAGCAUAUAAAAUAUCAUUUAUACCUUAAGUUACAUAUUAGUGAAUAUUUAUAUCUAAUUGCAUGCUCAGAAUUUAGACAAUUGCUAAGCAAUGGCAUUUUAGUGAAAGGAAGCAUCGCUUUCUUUCCCUUUCAAAAGCUUGUACCAAUAAAUUAUAUAUUUUACUACUCGGUACAAAUAUUGUACAUGUAAAAAGGCUCUUGAAUGCCAGCCUAAGUGUCUCAGAACUGUAAAGCCCUGUAAUUAACAAGAAUAUGUAAAUCAAAAUUAAAAUAAAGGAUAUGACAAAAUGGCUCAAGAAAAGAUAAACUUUAAAACUUUUUUAAAAGUUUUUAAAAUGAGUAUAGGUAUGAUAUUUAUUACAUAACUUUUCUGCUGCAUUUUUGCAUGUUGUAUAUAUGAUAACACUAUUUAAUAUAUGCACAGGACUAAUAUAAGUUCAAAACUCUAAUAUGUAUUUUCAAUGACAAUGAUAAAUAAGAAUUGUAUUUUAAUUCAUAAAUCAUCUUAUUUAGUGAUUAUAGAAGUAUUUAUUGUACCAAUUAUCUUGAUAAUUGUAUAGUUUAUAUUCAUAUAUAUGGGUAUGUUUAAUAGGUAAAUACACAUUCUGCAUUAUUAAGUUAUGAAAUCUUGUCUUCACUGGUGUUGCUUUUAAGUAAAUUUUUAUUUAUUUAUCUAUUUCAACAAUAGAGAUUGAAAAAAUCGGCAUAUUAGAUCUUAAAUGUUAAUUCAAGGCUGGGAAAAAUAUUUUUGCAUGUUUACGGUUAAAAUAGCAUUUGUAAGACACUGUGUAGGUCGAAAAUGUGUAACCUCAAUUACAGGAGAUUGACCUAGUGCUAGGGAGAAUACUCUAAAGAAAUAACUGAUGCGUUUGCAUCAGCUUUUUCAUAAAUAUAUUCAAAGCUUCUGAGUAACACAGAUUAUAUAACUUCUUUUUCAUGUGAAUGCUUGAAAAAAUAUUGUUAAAACUGACUUUUACAAACUCUUUAAUGAUUUUAAAAGUUUAAAAAAAUACCUCCUUAAACAAAUGUUGUUUUUGAAAGUCUGAGUAGAUCAUGAAUGAUUUGGUCUUCUUGAAUUAAAGAAAACAAGGCUUAGGGAGGAUAUCUAGAUAGAGCACUCAUGCUUGUUGGUCAUGACAAGCCACACUGAAAAAUGUAGUAAACAAUAUUAGAAUAAACCAGUAUUUUUUUAUUUUCUGCUAAUAUAGUGGACUGGUUUGCACAAACUUCAAUUGAAGUCAGAUGUUGUUUAAAUUUAAUCAUUGACAAAUCAAACGAUAUUUAUGCAACUCAGUCCUGUUUUUGGUUUGAUUUGCAGUUUGUAACCAAGCAAGAUGCUUUUUGCUGUUUUCUGUGAUAGAUAUGUGGUUUUCCAUUCCGUGUUGUGGUUUAAUUAAAUUUUAUUUAUUUAGCAUUUUUAUUUUAAGUUGUGAGUUACUUAUACAGCAUGAGUCAUACACGUUUUCAGCAAUUAACCUACAAAUGAUAAUUUCUGUAAUGAAUGUUUGAAUGGCUUUUAAAACCUUUUUUUUUGUGAAGAAACCAAAUUGCUGAUGUUGGUUGUCUGUACAUCUAAAUUAAGCAGAGUUGAUUUCAUCCUUAAACAUUUUUAAACUUAUAAUGUGAAAUACCUCUUGCAAAAAAUUGGUUUAAUACUGUACUAUAUGCUUAAUAUGUUGUUGUUGAUUUUUAUUUCCGCUUUGAAUACCUCAUUGUUUUCUGUUGUCUAUAUAAAUGAAAAAUCCAUAAAAUGAAACUUUGAUUAUUUACAUUGUAUUCAUGUUAAAUGAUAAUGUUUAGAAAGAAAGUUUUCUGUUGUCUAUAUAAAUGAAAAAUCCACAAAAUGAAACUUUGAUUAUUUACAUUGUAUUCAUGUUAAAUGAUGAGGUUUAGAAAGAAAGAUGUUUUUUUAUUGUAAUCCUCAAUACUUUUUUCUAAAAUACAUCAGGAAAGACUUUAUGUGAGUUUAAUGAAAAUCAGUUCAAGUCUAGAUAGAGAUUACAGAAUGGAGAAUAAUGGUAGCUAAGAUAUAAAGAAUACACAAUAAUGAAUAAAAAGUAAAGAAUAGAAAAAAAAUAACAUAAAAGAUUCAAGAAAGCAGAAAUGAUGACCCUUUUGUAGACCCUCAUACAGAUACAUAUGGUCAAAACAAAUUAAUGAUAUCUUUAUUUUAUUGAUAUUUUGAUUUUUUUUUGCGAUAUUCCUACUUCAAAUCCAAUGUGUUUAUGUGCAAUAUUUAUUCCUGAUAUUUAAUACACUUUAUGUGUACAUAGUUACAUAGUAAUUGCAUGAUGUUUGUUAUUUAAUGGACACUUUCAUUGUAGAGUAUAAACUGUAAUAUUAACCAUAGCUUCACCGAUACUGAGGAAUGGAAAUCUUGAAAAACUUUCAACUUUUCACGAUUGAACUCAUAUAAACCUAAAAACUGUUCACAAAUGAAUUUUGGUAUAUUUUUGUGGACAUUAAAAUAUUGAGAAAUCCAAACCAUGUUGAAUCUCAGAGCUGUGUUGGAUAUCAACAUAAUCUGUUCAAUGAUGUUGAUAUUGUGACACAACAUUUGACAACUAACAAACAAAGUUUAAAAAAAUAUUUGAAAAGUAUAUUGAGGUCCAGGUAUGGUCAUUAGCAUAAAGAUUUUUAUUUUUAAGACGUCACAGUCGUGAUUAAAGUUUCAACCGAUCGGAAAAACAACAAAGAUUUAUAACCCAUGAAAAUUAUAAAAGUAUGGUGCAUUUAUAUUUCAAUAUGAAAUGUAUUACAUGUAUUAAAAAAAUAUUUUACUUGAUUAGUUUAUGGUUAUGUUAUAUUCAUCAAUGACUUGAAAAUGCUAUUAAACUUUUAUCAUAUCGUAUCUAGGGAAAUUUUGUUGAUCAAUGUAUUGCCAUGAUUUACAUAAAAUAUCAGACAAUCCCAAUAGUAAUUUGAUGUAUUAAUAGAUUGCUUACAAUUAUAUAUUGAUGGAUGUAAAUAUGGAACUUUAAGAUCUUGACAGAAACUAUCUCAACUAUCUCAACUUUUUCAGCUUGACCUUUUGACUAACUGUAAUAUUUCUGGACUUUCAUAAUAUUGCAAAUCAUUGACUUGUAUGGGCUACUUAUGAUAAAUAAUUCCAUAAAAUGUUUUAAUGUCUAUUAAAUUUAAGGCAUCAUUAUUUUUCUUUGAUAUAUUGACUUAAGUAUCUUCUUAUUAACCAUAUUCUUAAAAUAUAUAAGAAUUUUUUAAAGUACAUCAAAAAGCUGAUCUGUAUAUUUUCUGCAAAUAUCUUGUGUAGUUUUACGCUUAUUAUUUAGAUCUGUCUCUAAGUAUACAAAAAUUAUCUGUAAUUGAAUUUUAAUUGUCUGUCUCUGAAAGUGUCCGUCCUCAUUCAGUGUUUCUAACAUAUUAAUAAAAUGUAUCAUUAACUGU